AGGGGGAAAGAAAGCUGUUGCUAUGGCUCCCAAAGACAAAAGUGGAAGCAAAAUCUUGAUGAAAGCAAACGUUAAUGGAAAUGUUAACAGCAACAAAGAGGUGCAUUUUAGGGGUGUAAGGAAGAGGCCAUGGGGGAGAUACGCCGCCGAAAUCAGGGAUCCCGGCAAGAAGAGCCGUGUUUGGCUCGGUACUUUUGAUACGGCUGAGGAAGCUGCCAGAGCUUAUGAUGCGGCGGCACUUGAGUUUCGUGGACCUAAGGCUAAGACCAACUUUCCUUUACCGGAUGAAAUUAUCAACUACGUGAGUGACAACAAGAUCCGGAACCAGAACCAGAACCAGAACCAGCAGAGCCCUAGCCAAAGCAGCACGGUCGAGGAAUCGUCCAGCCCAACGGUGGCGCGUGAACUCAACACUGUGACCGGAGCAGUAUCUAGAUUCCCUUUCGCGUACCACCAGCAGCUGGCUCUGACUGGUGGAGUUGCCAAUGGUAGGUUUGGCGGUGUGGCUCAGUCGCGGCCGGUUCUCUUUUUCGAAGCGUUGGCGGGAGCUGAAGGAGUUUCUCGAGUUUAUCCCGUUCGGUUCGAGCCUGUCGGUGUUCAGUUGGGUUUGGAAUUCGCCGGCGUUGACCGGAGUGAACCGGACUCCUCAUUGGCCAGUCCUUGUAAGGCAAAGAUACCAGCCCCUGCUCUCGACCUCAAUCUUCCUCCUCCGGUCGAUGCUUGACAUUUUUCAAUCUUUUUUACGGCGUCAUCUUAAUCCUCUACAUCUGAAGACGUAGGAAGCUUAGAAAAAAAAACAAAAAACUGAUAUUAAUCCGUGUAUUUUCUAAUCUUUUUAGCCACGGUUUAAUCCUUACUCUGAUGUAAAUAACGACAGUAAUUUGUGUUCUAUUUUAGCAACCUAGAGGAAAAUAUUAUACAUUAUCCUAGAUGUUUUUGGUGUUUCCUCUCAAUCAAGAUUAACCAUCACUUUAUUUCCAAGAUUAAUUUUUGAAAUAUCAAAUCUUUAUUAUUCA